GGGUGCUCGAAAUGAACUCUUUGCUCUCAGGCCAGCUCCUAUUCAGGCAAUGUGGCUGGGCUACCCUGGGACCAGUGGCGUGCUUUUCAUGGAUUAUAUCAUCACAGAUCAGGAAACUUCACCUGCUGAAGUUGCUGAGCAGUAUUCUGAGAAACUGGCUUAUAUGCCCCAUACUUUCUUUAUUGGUGAUCAUGCUAAUAUGUUCCCUCACCUGAAGAAGAAAGCAGUCAUCGAUUUUAAGUCCAAUGGGCACAUUUAUGACAAUCGGAUUGUGCUGAAUGGCAUCGACCUCAAAGCAUUUCUUGAUAGUCUCCCAGAUGUGCACAUUGUCCAGAUGAAAUGUCCUGAUGGAGGAGACAACGCAGACAGCAGUAAUACAGCUCUUAAUAUGCCUGUCAUUCCUAUGAAUACUAUUGCAGAGGCAGUUAUUGAAAUGAUUAACAGAGGACAAAUUCAGAUAACAAUUAAUGGAUUCAGUCUUAGCAAUGGACUGGCAACUACCCAGAUCAACAUUAAGGCUGCCACUGGAGAGGAGGUUCCCCGUACCAUUAUUGUAACCACACGUUCUCAGUACGGGUUACCGGAAGAUGCCAUUGUGUACUGUAACUUCAAUCAGUUAUAUAACAUUGACCCAUCUACUUUGCAGAUGUGGGCAAAUAUUCUGAAGCGUGUUCCCAAUAGUGUACUGUGGCUGUUGCGUUUUCCAGCAGUAGGAGAACCUAAUAUUCAACAGUAUGCACAAAAUAUGGGCCUUCCCCAGAAGCGUAUCAUUUUUUCACCUGUUGCUCCUAAAGAGGAACAUGUUCGGAGAGGCCAGCUGGCUGAUGUCUGCUUGGACACUCCACUCUGUAAUGGACACACCACAGGGAUGGAUGUCCUUUGGUCAGGGACACCCGUGGUGACUAUGCCAGGAGAGACUCUUGCUUCCCGAGUUGCAGCUUCCCAGCUCACUUGUUUAGGCUGUCUUGAGCUUAUUGCUCAAAAUAGACAAGAAUAUGAAGACAUAGCUGUGAAACUGGGAACUGAUCUAGAAUACCUGAAGAAACUUCGUGGCAAAGUCUGGAAGCAGAGAACAUCUAGCCCUCUGUUCAACACCAAACAAUACACAAUGGACCUAGAGCGGCUCUAUCUACAGAUGUGGGAGCAUUACGCAGCUGGCAACAAACCUGAUCACAUGAUUAAGCCUGUUGAAGUCACUGAGUCGGCCUAAAUAAUGACUGUGUGCACAGGAGAAUUACCGUGUACCUGAGCCUCAACGUUCUGGGGGAAAGGGAACUACUUUUUCCUUAUCUGUACAAUACCAUGCUGCAGAUGGGUGACAGACAAUGAUAAGAAAUAGCACAGCCAGACUUGCUUCCUGCAUGAUCGUGAUCACGAUAGGGAGAGACACAAGAGAUGGGAAACUGCUGUUCCACAAGGAGUCUCCAUAGAAUUUUGCAGCAGCCAGGUGUCUGGAAGGUCUGGAAGUGAGUCCUGUUCUUCCUUUUUCUUUCAGCAGAAAUGAAAUCCCAGUUCCUUACCCCUUCCCUUCUGACCCUGGGCGGUGAGAUCCUCUUUCUCCGGCUGGUCCGCGGCACACAUGAAUAUAUGUUUUUGUCUUGCUGUACUGCACCUGUGCUGUCUAGUAACAGAUAUUUUGUCUGCUAGUAGUGUUCUAGAUUAUGUCUUUCCAAAGCGCUGAGGCAGUGCACCUAUUCUGUAGUUGCAGCUGAUGCCUGAAUGUAGCCUAGCUGACAAAUUAUUGAUUAAUAAGAAUUUGAAUUUCUGAAAGAUUUGUACUGUUAACCAAAAUCUGAGCAAGGAGUCUCAAAUGUAAUUCUUAGCCAGAAUUACAUGUUAAUGAACCAUUUAACAGUGUAAAUCAAGGAACAUCAGUGUAAGGAUUUCUUUUAAUUUAUUUUUUACCUGCUUGAAAUAUCAGUUAAAGUUUGCCAGCUUGGUUGCAGAUGAACGGACGUUGGAAGUUCACCAAACUACUUAAUGUGGGAUAGGAUAAUAGACUUCCAGCGCCCUCAAGGCUGUGACCUUGCAGCCAUUUUACAUAGCACAUCCUCCUCCUAUAGGGAUGAACCUUUCCCUGGCCCGAAAAGUAGCAGCUCUGUUGAAGCUUUGCUUAUUGUAACAGGCUUUUGUUUCCAGGUUACAUGUCUGUGGAAGACUUAAUUCUGAAUAGAGAUAUAGAUAUUACUGGAAACUAAUUGUUUUUUCUAUUAUACUCUGAUUUAUCAAAAAAGUAAAACAUUUAAACUGUGCUACAGAAAUUCAGAAGUUGUCUUGCAAUCUUUAAACAAUAAAUGAAUGAGUUGCCCUUAAAAAAAAAAAAAAGGAUUAA